AAUCAUGAAACCACUAAAGAGGAAGCGUGUGUCAAACCGGUCUUUUAUUCUGAAAAGUCAUUCCAGAUAUUAGCGUUUUCAUCACGGCUAAUUUGACGCAGGUGCAUCAAACCGAUUAUAUCACAGUGGCGCAUUGACGUCUUUUAAUUUAAAUAAAAAAUAAAAGUCACCGGUGGAGUAUAUUCUCACAAGAAUUACAUUAUGAAAGGCGAUUCAACUACGGAGAAUGAGGUGGAAAGUGGAGAAAAUGAGACAGUUGGAGAAAGAAGGCCGAGUCUUGUGACUCUACAAAAUACUCUGAAGAAAGUCUCUCAAAGCCCGUUCCACAAACAUCACAAGAGUCAAGUUGAUGGGGAUCCAGUCAAAAGUACCACUUUUUAUGAACAUUUUUUGGAGUCCAGCAGAAAAUAUAACGUGGAAGAAGCGAUCAGGGGACCUUCAGAGGGAGGACGCCAUGAUGCCGUUGCUUUAAAUCCACCUGUCUAUCAGCGUUCAUCUGCAGAUUUAACACCAAAAAUUGAGGCAAAAGAACAUGGAACCAUGUUUUCAGACUCUCUAAAGGAUUCAUCCCACAGCCAUGUGCAAAACCCUUUCAGCACCUCACUGCCCCAAAACACACCUGCCAGGGGUGGUCAUUUUUCUAACAUGACCAUGAACUCACCAGGAGACGUCGGCACAAGUUCUCUUCAAUCUUGGGACAUUUCCACUAACUUACCCCCAAAUAAUUCUGAUCUUUUCCAGGUGAACAAAGCAAGAGAUUUGCUCCGUGCUGCUCCUGCUAAGGAAAUCAACCUUCUCAGUCAGUCUCCCAGCAUCUCCAUGAACCCCUUCAGAUCUUCUCCAACCCAGGAGGUGCAUCAGCCCACACAGCCUGAAGCGGUAAACCCGUUUCAUACCUCCACAACUGAUGGUUUGUUUAAACCACGUCCAAGUCCCAGACGUUUGCACAUGCAGCUUCCUUCGAAAGAAAACCUCGAUGUGUCGUCUGAGCAAAACCUGGACAUAUUUUCACCUUCAUCUGCAAAUGCAGUUGACCCAUUCCCAACUCCAGUUUCAAAAACUCUCUUCCUGGACAGUCCCAAUCCAUUUGACACUCAUUCCUAUAAACAGUUUGACCCCUUCAAAGAUCUUUCUCAUGGGACUGCAGAUAUCUUCCAGCUGCUACCCUCACGCACGGUGAACACGACAGCUCCUGCACCCACAUCCUCACUUAUCAGUCCUUCAGACGACAAGGUGGCCACAUUGUUGUCCUCCUCAGUUGAUCUCACACCAGGUCUCUUAAAGGCAACACCAUCAGGAUCUGACCUGGCUGCUGAAGCAACAUUGCCUAACAGGUCAAAUGAAAUGAUCCCGUCCAGUCCUGAAGGAGCAAACGUUUUCCAGCCAUCUCCAUUCAGCCAGGAACAGACCUUGUCCUCAUCGCCCAGACAGAGUCCGGAACUGACACGUGUGGGGGUCUUCAAACGUCCACCCAAACCGUUACCUCGGACUGCAGGACGGAGACGAGAGAAGCCACCCAAACCAGCAAACCCUAUUGACCCUAAACCUGCUGCACCAAGAACGCCUCCUAAGCCAGUCUUCAAGCCGCUCCCCAAACCAGUUUUUCCUAAGAAACCAAACAUUCCGGUAAAAACUGUGGAUCCUGAGAACUAUGUUGCCUUUGAGGACAUCCUGCUUCUUGGACAGGAAUGUUGUGUGGAGGACUGGCCCGAGGACAGCCCUGAGGUUAAUCCAGACUAUAGACCAUCUGGAAAACUUAAACUGCGACGAGAAUCACAGGCAGACUCUAACGGAGGCAGAGGAACAUCGCCGGAUAGAUCUGCAAGUCCUGCCUCAUUGUUGAAGAAGAAGAUCAGAAUGUCCUUAAGUUCUCGAAGAGAGCAAAAGGAAAAGUACACCGGUGACAUAGAGGGGCGGAGCAUGACGUUACCUCACCGAAGAAAAUUGUCAAAGGAUGAUUUUGAUGAUGCGUCUGAUGUUGAGGUGAAUGGAAUCGACCAUAAAGGAAAACCCGGGAAGACUAAAUUCAACCACCUGUUCAGAAGAGCUUCCACAAACGUGACCCCGGAGGCGAAGCACAUGAACGGAUACGUGCCUCAAGAGUCCAGGGAUGAUGACUUUGAGAAGAAAUCUGGCAAAAAGGUUUCCAGUGUGCGUCGAUGGUCAGAGGGCUCCAUGUUGGAGGAAUAUUCUCCUGAAGAAGACGACGGCGCAGACGAGCUGCAGGAAGGAGCAGCCGUCAAUGAAUCUAAGAAGAAGAAAAACAAGGUGAAAAGCAAGUCGUCGCACAGAGGACAUGCAGACUCUUCAGAAAAGAAUGACGACAGAGUGAAGGGGGCACAUGGACAGACUCUUCCCAAAGACUCAAAGGAUAAAUUUGCAGAUUGGUAUCGGGAUGGCUCCGGAGCACGUAAGAAGUCAAAGGGCACCAUGUUGGAUGAAUAUUCUCCUGAAGAGGACGACGGUGCAGACGAGCUGCAGGAUGGAGCAACUGUCCAUGGACCUAAGAAGAAAAAUAAGGUGAAAAAGUUUCUGUCGCACAGAGGACAUGCACACGCUUCAGAAAAGAGUGACAACAAAGUGAAGGGGGUGCACGGACAGGCUCUUCCCAAAGGCUCAAAGGAUAAAUUUCCAGAUUGGUAUGGGGAUGGCUCCGGAGCACGUAAGAAGUCAAAGGACGUCUUCUUGGACGAUGACUGCUGUCAGAGUCUCCCAGCAUCUGCUGGCUUCACCGGAGAUGAAGCUGCAUUUGGAAUGGAAGAGUGCAAACUUGAUGUUUUUGUUGAAGGUGAUGCCGUUACAAGCCGAAAAGUUACCGCGAGUUUCGCAGAAAUGCACGAUCCUGAAAAGGACGAAGUGGAAGUCCACAAACUGAAGAAACCACUGAAACUCAAAGGCCUGAAAAAACUCAGAGCCAAGCACAAUAAAUCCAACAAUCUGGAUUCUGAAGGUCCACCAGGAGCUACGUCUAGUGACUACUUCCUGUCAGAGGCUGCUCAGGCGGAGUGGCGAGCUGCCCAGAAGGACGAGCUCAGUGCAGCUGGCGUGGAAGACGAUGAAGAGGAAGGGGACACUGACAGUUUGAUGGAGUGGUGGAACACUGUGGAACAAUGGGAUGAGGUGCCGUCAGACGAAGAGGACGCUGUCUUAAAAGAGGAUGAGUCCAAGUCAUUCACCAUCUUGGCGGACAAGGUUCAUCGCGGCCUGCGCGUCUUCAACAAAGUCUUCACUGAGAACGCGGAGUUCCUCUGGGGGUCCAUUGUCACGCUCCACACCAUCGCCGAUGAUAUCAGCAACUUCCACCACAAGGCCAAGAUUGCCGGCAUCACCGGUGGCACCACCACAGCCGUGGGUGGUGUGACGGCGAUUGCCGGUCUCGCGCUGGCUCCCUUCACCUUUGGAGCCUCCCUCGUCAUUACGGCUGUUGGCGUUGGUGUGGCGACCGCUGGAGGAAUCGCCUCAGCCUCUGCAGCCAUCUCUGAUAACGUUAACAACAUGCACGACCGGAAGAAGGUAGAGACGGUGCUGCUGGAUUAUGAGUCUCAACUGCUGGACCUUGGGAAGAUCCUCCACUUUGUCAAUCACGGCUUGUACAAACUGCGCGGUCACCCUUUCCUCAGGUCGGGCACCCAGCACUACUCCGAGGACUGGGAGGUCCGCAAGGCCGUCCAGAUGAUCAGCUUAGUGGAUGCACCUGUAAUGCGAGCAACAGAGAUUUCAGACACGGCCUUGGCGUCUGUUCAAGGACUCUUCAAAGGGAUGGACAACUACUUUGUGAAGGAGACGAGGGAGCUGAAAAAAGGCUGCAAGAAGGAGAUUGUGUGCGAAAUAAAGGAGGUGGCCGGCGUGCUAAACAACGGGAUUGUGGAGCUCAACUGCAUCAGAGAGCAGCUGCAGGACGCCACCGGAACCCUGUGAGGACACUGAGCUCGCCACCCCCUCUGCUGACUAAACGUGUUAACUGCAUGUUUGGCAGCAGUUCCUCAUCAAAAUAUUUAAAUCAACUCCUGAAGUCACGUGUCAUAAUUGUUGUUGAGACGGACUGAGGUGCUGAUUCAACUCUGUGGGAGCCCCCCCCAGAUACUCGCACUACGACUAAUGAAAAAGAAACAUUUAAUUUGUGGAUGAAAAUGGACGGUGAUGCUUUACUUUCACGUUUGAUGUCAUUUAACAGCAAAGUCACAAACUGAAUGUGUUGCUUCACUUAUUAACGUAACUGCCGAAUCUGAUGUAAUCUCAAUGAAUUCAUAUAUAACUUUUAGUCUGUUUUCAAAAUGCUUUUAUUUUAAUAGUUGCCACAUUAAUAACGUUAUUGUAAUGAAGCUUGUUGCUGCUGUUUUUAGCCUUUUUGUGGAUAAAUGUAAAUACUGUAAAAUAACUGAAGUUUCUCUCCCCCCCCCCCCCCUAAAGUAUUUGGUUUAAAAUCUUAAAUUUGCUGGUAAUUUGUCACUUAGAUGCUGUUUUGCUUUAUUAUGACCAAAUUUGUGCUGUUAAGUCGCAAUUAUUUGCAAUCUGAUAUUUGACUGUAACGCUGUAACGUUUGUGAAUAAAAUUAUUUUACUUUGUUAAAUCUCUGGAAAAAUCUUGA